CUUUUAGGGUAUGAUCUCUUCCGGGUCGAAAAAAAAUAGCACACACCGAUGAAUUGGAGUUAGCUGGCCCAAAUCUUUAAAAUAUAGAAAGCGAAUAUUGAACCAAGAAGUUCUGAAGAACAGAAAUCCAUUUCGUAUCUAUUUGUAACCAUAUGACACAGCGAUGCCGGGGCUCAGCUGUAGAUUCUACCAGCACCGGUUUCCAGAGGUGGAAGAUGUGGUGAUGGUGAACGUGAGGUCCAUCGCUGAGAUGGGUGCCUACGUCAGCCUUUUGGAGUACAACAACAUCGAGGGCAUGAUCCUCCUCAGUGAGCUGUCACGUCGACGUAUCCGCUCCAUCAACAAGCUUAUUCGCAUAGGCCGUAAUGAGUGUGUGGUGGUCAUCCGUGUAGACAAAGAGAAGGGAUACAUUGACCUGUCAAAAAGAAGAGUUUCACCAGAGGAGGCCAUCAAAUGUGAAGACAAAUUCACCAAAUCUAAAACCGUGUACAGCAUUCUCCGGCAUGUGGCCGAGGUGCUGGAAUACAGCAAGGACGAGCAGCUGGAGAGCCUCUUCCAGCGCACCGCCUGGGUCUUUGAUGAGAAAUACAAGCGGCCCGGAUACGGUGCCUACGAUGUCUUCAAACAGGCGGUGGCAGAUCCUGCCAUCCUGGAUGGGCUGGACCUGACGGAAGAGGAGAGGAACGUACUCAUCGACAACAUCAACAGGCGACUCACUCCACAGGCGGUCAAAAUCAGAGCCGACAUUGAGGUGGCGUGCUAUGGCUACGAGGGGAUCGACGCGGUGAAGGAAGCACUCCGGGCGGGGCUUGGCUGCUCUACAGAAGUCAUGCCUAUCAAGAUCAACCUGAUCGCACCUCCACGCUACGUGAUGACCACAACCACCCUGGAGCGCACAGAAGGCCUGUCUGUCCUUAACCAGGCCAUGGCUGCCAUCAAGGAGAAAAUUGAGGAGAAGAGGGGUGUGUUCAACAUCCAGAUGGAGCCUAAGGUGGUGACGGACACGGAUGAGACGGAGCUGGCACGACAGCUGGAGAGGUUAGAGCGGGAAAACGCUGAGGUGGACGGAGACGAUGAUGCUGAGGAGAUGGAGGCCAAGGCGGAGGACUAGGACCUCCCCACCGGACCUCCACGAUGAGAGGGGUGAAGAGGAAAACCCAAGGCGGACGGACCUGGCCAUACUCGGGCAGUACAUUCAACAGUGGCUCUCAACAUUUCCCUGAAGUUAAUACAUUCUUUUGGCCCGGAAAAAAAAAUGAAACAAAACGUGUUUGAACAUGGUGUUGGGCUCGAUAGUGGUGAUACGCUAUUGAUAUCUUCUGGCCCUGCUCUUUCAGAGUCCAUGUCCGAUUUAGUUAUUUUUGAAGUCAAAUUAUACAACUGAGGUAUUGACCGUACCCCUCGUCCCCCUCUGUAAAAGAUUCAAUAAUUCCAAAGCCGUUUUCAAAAAGUGCUUCACUAAUCUCUGGCUCACCAGACCAGCGUGUUCAGCAUCCAUGACGUUUCAUCUCUAGCUGGCUGCACAAUGCAGCCAACAAUGGUAAAACUGAAAAAAGGCUAAUUUUUCCUCAACACCAGUCAUGGGUGCAUUUUUGUGCUGUUUUCCUUCCAGUUUAAGGGUUUUUACCGGCAGGAUAUUGAUGGUUUAGCUGACAUGAUCUCAAUAAAGUUACGGGAAGUUUUGAUUCAAA